AUGGCUGAGGAGUCAUGUGAUAGACAUCUAGGGGAAGAAGCUAUAUUGGCUGAAGGAGAUGUAACUGCCAGCUUCGAUGGUGCAUGGCAAAAACGAGGUGCAGGCAGAGGAUACAACAGUCUAACAGGUUUAUUUGUUUUUAUAUUCAAGGUAUAUACUUGCAAAAUGAAUUGUUACUCUGUCAAAGGCAAACGCUGCAGAUGUUGCACAGCAGCAAAAAAGAAGGGAGUUCCCCCUAGAAACCACAAAUGUAGCCUCAAUUGGACUGGCUCGGCCAAGUCUAUGGAACCUGCCAUGGCAUGUGAAAUGCUUCACGGAGUUAUCGACAAAGGACAAAGGGUAAAGAUAUUGGUUAUGGAUAAUGACUCUACUACAAUUGCUAGAGUAAAGGCAACAGAAGAUGCCACACAGCUUGCCACAGAUUUGGACAGGAUAGUUCCACAUUUAUAUGGUGAACAUGGACAGUAUGGAACAUGGUGCAAGAAUAAAACAUCUUAUAAGCCAAAGAAUUUACCAUAUGGUAAACCACUAUCAAAUAAACAACUACGUUGCGAUUUAGAAAUCCUGCUCAGGAAAUAUGCAGCAAAGGCAAAUGAGUUGGAGUCUUUGGGCUCAACGCAAAGCAAUGAAAGAUUCAUUCAUAUGGUUUCAACCAAGGCUCCAAAAAGAUUAAAACCUCCUUCCAAACUGAACAAAAAAUGUCGGAUUUCCACUGUGAAGUAUACCAUUAAGUUUACCUCUAAGCUUAUGCAGUCAUUAAAUAAAAGAAGAAUGAAGCAGUCCCAACGUGAAUCCAAACGUCGGCGCCUUGAGCUCAAACAUGAGAGGUCAUCAAAAGAUGCCACUCAAACAGUGUUAGAAGGGGAUUCUUAUGACUCAAAGAUAGGCCUUGAACUUGACGAAGAAAGUGUUGACCUUGAGGACUUAACCAUAAGUCAACCUCAACUUAAAAAGGAAAGACCUCUGAUUUUCUUUGACCUUGAAACUACAGGAUUGGCACGGACUUCUGAUAUCAUCCAGAUUGCAGCUGUUUGUGGUAAGGAGCAACUGAACAGGUAUAUGGCUCCAACCAGAACCAUCAGUUUGGAGGCAUCACAGGCAACUGGUUUAACAUAUAUUGGAGGAACCUUGAAACAUAAUGGUCAUGUUGUACAAACCACAACUCAAAAGGCUGGGCUAGAAAAUUUCCUUAAAUUCCUCAACAAAUUCACAGACCCAAUUUUGAUUGGACACAACAUACAAAAUUUUGAUAUUCCGAUCCUGAUCAAUCAGUUGAAAAAGAGUAGCUUAGAGACUGAGAGAGAGAGACAAACACUAAAACAGGAACAGGAACAUACAUGUAAAGAACUAGAUGCCAAGAGGAACGAACUGGAGAAAAGGAAAAACCUGUCAGAACUCAGAAUUGUGGACGAUAUUACUAGAGACAAUGUCUUACUGAUCAAUUCCCUGAAGGAAAAUCCAGAAAGAGACAAUUCAUGGUACUUUAAUGGGAAAGUCUUCGCAGAAAAGGGCGAUGUGAGACAUCCAGUUGACUUAUUUGAACGUGUGGAAAAUGUGUUCAAAUAG